AUGGCGGCAGACCAUUGGGUGUACGAGAUCAACGACGAUGAUGAUAGUCAUCACUCAGACAUCUCCUUUCCCGACAGUGAGCUGGAUCAUGGCACUAGUUCCCCACCUAGCCAGCUUUGCCCCCUUCCAGGGGCGCUGCCCUUCCUGAACUACCACGAGUGGGCUCCAGGCCAGUCAUACGAUGAACAGCCCCCUCGUUGGAUGCUCUAUACCAUGCAAUGGAAAUUGACCCUGAACAACAGAAAGGCUGUAGAGCAGACCGAGCAAAAUCUUGUUGUAGCCCCAAGCGAUUUGUGGAGAGAAAUCCUCUCGCUCAAGAUCGCCGAGAUCGUGAAUUCGAAAAAGAAGACCUACGAAACGAGUGCUACAACCAUUGCCAUGUCAGUUCCUAACGAUCGGUCGGAAGAUAAAGUCACGAAGCAUUUCCUAAAGCAACAGAUUGACUGGUCGGUUGUAGAGAGACAGUUGCAAGGGUGGAGCCAGCUGCUUCGCGCUGGCAAGAGGCUGAAGCUCUUUGUUCAGAUGGACUAUGUGGAGUGUGUACCCACGGGCCGGCCCGCUGGACGAGGCGCUACUGCGACCGGCCUCGCUGAACGGAGCGCACGAAUCGAUGCUGAGCAAGAGGCCGCUGGCGAGGUUGAUCCAUGGAGACGGGUCUACCAGCUCAUGAGAUGCCCGGGAGCCCCCUGCGACAAUGGACAAUGGUGUUGGCAAGACCGUGCCCAAAAGAUGCACCACAAACUCCUGGAUCAUCAUAUGAGGGAACUUGUCCGGUGGGUACAGCAAGGCCACCGGCUAGAGACUCAUGACGAUGUUCCCGAGGAGAUCCGAGCGCAGUUAUUAUGCCCAGGAACAACAGGGCCGCAAGCGCAAGCGACAGAAUUCAGGGUUAGAUUCGACUAG